AUGCCUGCUGCUCAGCAGAAAAGUGAACUGCAGAAAAAGCGAAGGGCUCGCCGCCAGAAGCUCAGUGCGAUCUUCGACGCCCUGGACCGAUUCGGCUCGCGUUUGUCAGCGGCCGACCUCAAGGAACUGGGCAUCCGCCAUGAGAAGGAGAUGUCCCUAGACGGCAACGACGGACCGAAAUUCUUCUCUGCCUAUUGCGAUGUCCUUAACAAGCCAGCGCCUGGAGUUCUCGACAACUACAUCUCCUUCGACCCAAAGCACGGUGGGAAGCCCUACUACAACGCCCAGGCUCUAGCGAGCUACUUCACCUAUUAUUCCGCUCGAUGCGAUUGUCCCAACGAAGACAUCUCACCGGCAGGUAUUUGUUAUGCGGACUACGGAGAUCACAACUUCGGUGCAUUGAUGGACCUCACGUUCGGCCGCAGGUGGGGGGUGAAGGCGACUUGGCACAUGCCGGACCGCGAAGCCCCUCACAUGGUGGUUGCCAUGUUCAGCGAGAUGGCCGAGGGAAUCGAGGACGCGUUGUUUCACGGCGAGGUCAAAACAACCAUUCGUGUCAUGCACGGACGGUUGAAGAAGGCGUCUCUUCGAUCGAACCUUUUUGCUCCGGUCCUGAUAUUCUCCGCGAUCGGCGAGCACCAUCUCCGAGUCAUCGAGGCCUACCAUGACGGCAAGGAGCUUGUUAUGCGCACCACUAAGCUCUUCGAUCUGGGUCAGCGGGAUGAUGAUCUCCUGGUCACUUUGUCCAAAUGGCAUCUGGGCGGAGCUAGUGCGAAGUCCACGAAGUCGCCUGAGUCUGAUUCCUUGGACAUUGGCGUUGCGGAGACGCGCACGAUAUCGUGA